UGGAAAGAGAAAACAACGUCGUUAUAGAACAACUUUUACAAGUUUCCAACUAGAGGAGCUGGAGAAAGCUUUCCACAAAACACAUUAUCCUGAUGUGUUUUACAGAGAAGAGCUAGCCAUGAAGAUAGAUCUUACAGAGGCCAGGGUCCAGGUUUGGUUUCAAAACAGGAGAGCAAAAUGGCGAAAACACCAAAAACUACUCGAAAGAGACCAGGGAUUAAACCAGUCAGCAAUGCCAACAACAAGAAAAGCAGAAAGGUCAGCGGUUAUUCGUGGCAAUACUGCCUCUACUCUUACUCAGCUUUCAAAUGUGCCACCGCUGCCGCUUUCUGGGAUGUAUUUCCAUGGGAAUAUGGAAUGGUCGAGGUCAUUUGGCAGUAGUUUAACAAACCAAAUGCCUUCUUAUCUCCAUGGUGGCUUUAGGUAUGACAGACGACAACCCCAAAAUGGAGGUGUCUCACUACCUCAGUGUAAUGACUUUCAAUAUUCGGCAGCUAACAGGGGUUUAGAUGGACUGUCUCCUACACAAGGAUUAACACAGCUUAGACUAAGAGCUAAAGAACAUUCAAUAACCAUGACACAAUAGAAUGGCAUUUAUACGAUUAGUUAGCAGGACCAGAUAGCUCACUACACGACGUUAAACUUUGGAGGCAUUCAAUAAACAACUGCAUGUUUA